AUGCAGCCCGACUGGGAUAUGUUCCAUAGCCUGCACCCAGCUGCAGAGUAUCAUGCUGCGGCUCGAGCUGUUGGUGGGUGUGCAAUCUACGUUAGUGACAAGCCUGGUCACCACAAUUUCAAGCUUCUGAAGAAACUGGUACUUCCCGACGGGUCCAUUCUCAGAGCAAAGUUUCCUGGAAGGCCCACAGUAGACUGCCUUUUUGUCGACCCAGCCCGAGAUGGAACGAGCUUGCUUAAAAUUUGGAAUGCAAACAAGUUUUCGGGGGUGGUUGGAGUGUUCAACUGCCAGGGGGCCGGGUGGUGCAAGGUGGCCAAGAAAACGCGCAUUCACGAUGCAUCGCCUGGGACUCUCACUGGUUCUGUUCGGGCCACUGAUGUUGACAUUAUAGCUGAAAUAGGUGGACCUGAUUGGAAUGGAGAGAGUGUUAUCUAUGCUCAUCGCUCGGGGGAGAUUUUCCGGUUGCCUAAAGGAGCCUCAUUACCAGUAACGCUUAAAGUUCUCGAAUAUGAACUCUUCCACUUUUGCCCCUUGAAGAAUUUGAAGGGAAAAAUCUCGUUCGCGCCCAUUGGUUUGCUCGACAUGUUCAACUCCACCGGUGCUCUCGAGCACUUUGAGGUCAUUUUGGAGAAAUCAGAUGCCUCGACUGAUAAAGAAUCGAUUGUUGCGAAAAUCAGCCUCAAGGUCAGGGGAUGUGGCCGGUUUGGAUUCUACUGUUCGCAACGACCUUCAAAAAGCACGGUUGAUGGCACGGAAAUCGAGCUUAACUAUGAGGACUCGAAUGGGUUGGGUACUCUGCUGCUUCCGGUCCCACAUAAGGAGAUGUACAGGUGGCGUGUCGAAAUCGAAGUUUGA